AUGGAGCUAAGUGGGUUCGUAUUCGUAGCACUGCUCAAUUUCUCUCCCUUUGAAUGCAGCAAGUUGGUUGAUUUUUGCCAGCUGCCUUACUGCGGAACACACAACCUAGCUUGCAAUAACCCAUCGAAAUUCAGCGUCAUGUGUCCACCGAAUGCCAAAACUCUUUCCAUGACGACCUACCGAAAUUUAUUGCUUAGUGCCUUCAAUGAGUUUCGCAACUAUACUGCGAGCGGAAAGCAAAAGUAUCUCAAGGCAGCGGCGGCACGAAUGUGCCGAUUGAGUUACUCAAUUGAACUGGAGGAUCUAGCCCGACUGGCGGUCAUCACGUGCUCCACGCACAAGUUUUGCCUGAACUCACCAGAAUUCUAUUACGUGGGUACCAAUAUAGGCUCCACCUUCUAUUUGGGUAAUUUAAACGACUACGAGGAUCUAGAACUCAUGUUGCGGAUUAUACAGGAUUGGACCAGAUAUGCGGACUAUAUCAACAUUAAAAUGGGUCUCUAUAUGCCGACAACUUUGGAGAAAAGUGGAAUAGCAAAUGCCCUACUUCUGAUGGCAGAUCGGAACACCCAUGUGGGCUGUUCGGCUAUGAGAUUCACCGUGCACUCCGUCCACAACUUCGUCUUUUUGUGCGCCUUCAGCACCGAUCUCUUCGUGGAGCGACCCAUAUACCGGAUGUCUAUGAGACCAGGAACUGCUUGCAACCGCUUGGAUCCCACAUACUCGGCACUUUGUGCUGUUGGUGAAAAUUACGACAACAAUAAGCCCGUGGUGAAUGCAAGGGUAUUCCAGUUGCCCCUCAAUUUAUCCAUGGGUCGACAAGCUUAUGUGGCAGUCACAUAGACUAAGCUUUAAGUAAACUUUUAAAUUCGCGCAGCAAAAAUUUGUUUUUGUUUCUCGAGUUUUUUUUUAGAGUGCCGAUGGCCAGACAAAAGUACACGCCCCUGGAUACCCAAACAAAAUCAGCGCACAAAAACAAAUAGUUAACACCCAGACGUGGUCAUGGAGGAAGAGGAGCACCAGCAGCAGGAGCAGACAUUUCAGCGCAGCCUCGAUAAUCACAGGACACAUUUGCAUAUAAACACGCUUCCGGGCUGAUGUCCUUCGCAUGCAAAUGAAAACAUUAGCGAGGCACACGCGCAUCCGCAUCCGCGUUCGCAUCUGCGAGAUGCAGAUACAAGGCCAGGGACAGAUACAGAUACAAAUGACAUUCGUCGCUGUCGCUGUCGCCUCUUCCCUGCUUAAAUAUAUAUUUCAAUUAAAA